CCUGAGUGAGUGCUGAGAGCUGCUGUCUCCUUUCAGAUCUCAACCAUGGGGAACGGGGGCUCGGUGACCAACAAUACUCCUUACGUCUGGGUGUUUGACAAAGGGAGACAGGUUUCCCAAGACGUCUGUAGAUUAUACAGAAACAGCACAGAAAAAUAUUCUGAAGAAUUUGCUUACAACCAUGAGCUGUGGUUUCGAUUUGAAGAUCACUCAAACUGGGACCUGAAAUGUUGGGGCGAAGGAAACUCAUUCACCAUCAGAGAGAGCAGCAACCGGCAGCUUUUUGAACUGGUCAACAACUCAUCUCGUCAGGUGGUGGACACGUGUCCCCACUUUGGAAGGAUUGAAGAAGAGAAGCGAGAAGCACAACGCCAGCGAGAGGAGCAACAAAGGAGAGAAGAAGAAGAAAAAAGGCGCCAGGCAGAGCUGGAAAGAAUGAGGAGAAUCCAAGAACAGAUUGAACAGGAAAAAAAAGAACUAGAAAGAAGAGAGCAGGAGAGACAACAAAGGGAGAGGUUAGAAAAGAUGAAGAUCCAAAUGCAGAUCGAAAAGGAGAAUGACGCUUCCAGGAGAAAGCUCUGUAAGGCUAAGGAGAUGCUUCAGGAGCAACAAAAGCACAAAGAGCGAAUGUCCCACCACCAGCAGACCCAGGUCCUUCAUCAGAUGGUGGAAGACCACUCUGCUGACAUAGAGAGGGAUGAGAUUGGUGAUGUGAAGGAACAGUUUGAAGAGCUUCUGUCCAACUAUCAGAUUACAGAGAUUGAAGGUGUGGAGAUGAACCUGGAAAACAGAAUGAAGACCCUCCAAAAUGAGCUGACACUGAAAUAUUUCAGAAAACACAAGAUCCCAAUUUGGUCCCAGUGGGCUCUGGACCAGGCAACUGGAUAUGUGGAUCUGUCUCUGACCGAGAAGAUCAGUGUUUUGGAGGCGGUGGUGAAGGUGACACUGAAGGCUGAGCCAGAGUUUGAGGAAGGACCAGACAAGAAGAUUGCAUUUCUCUUCAGUCUUCAAGAUCAGCUGCAUGUUAGUAGUCCAACAUUGGCAAGAAAAGUCUUGAGAAAUGUUCUUGAUAUGACUUCACAGCUUCCCAAAGCAAGUAAGGAGAUCCUAAGCCGAAUACUAUUCAAUAACAUAUGGACACCAAAGGAAAUCCAGUUGUUCAUGGGAAGGACCCUCAGCAUGGAACCCAAACAAAUCACCCAGAUCCUCCACAAAGUGUGCACCUACAGACUUAGCUGCCUCCAGGCUCUCUGUGCACUGAAAGACAAAGAUCCUGUAGGCUACAUGCGGGGAUGUGCUUCAUGCCAGUUGGACAAAGAUGCUGCCACCAUUGUGGCUGAAAUGCAGGACAAGAACUACCCACAGCACAUCAUGGCCCUCCUGGAAGGUAUUUUGAUUUAUGUUGAGGAAGAGCUGCCCAAAUACAAGAGAGCAGAAAUGAGUGCCAAGAGGGUUAAAGACUGGAAAAUAAUGGUAGCCUCCAUGGAUUUAUCCAAUCCAAACACUGCCACUCUGAAGGAGGUCCUGAUUGGGCUGUCCAUAGCUGUGAAGACAUGCAAAACCUUCACCACCUCAAGAGGGAAAAGGGUACAGGGUUACUUCCCCAGACUGACUCAGCUGGCUUCAUUAGUUCUGCUGCUGCUGCCACACUCCCAAGAUAAGAAAGGUUGUCUCCUGGAAAUCGGAACCGGGGAGGGAAAAACUUGUCUGUUAGCCAUGUUUGCUACGAUCCAAGCAGCACGUGGCACAGCGGUGGACAUUGUGACGAGCUCUCCUUUGCUUGCUAUCCGAGACCAACAAGAGUGGAAAGAACUGUAUGAACUGUUUGGUGUGAGCUCAUCCCCGGUGCCGCCCCCACAUCUGGACAAAGGCUCUUUUGAGAAGCAGGAUGAGCUGCUUAAGGAGGCCUACCAGAAGCAAGUGGUCUACGGUACCGUCAGCACGUUUGCAGCAGAUAUCCUGAGGCAAGAGUUUGAGAAGAAAACCACUCGAGGGCGCAGGAACUUUGAGUGUGUGAUAGUGGAUGAAGUGGAUUACAUGACACUUGACAGCGGGGUUCAAGUGACCUUCCUGUCCCACCAGGCCAGUAGUCUGAGGCACCUUGAACAGGUCCUGUCAGGUAUUUGGGCCCUGGUCUCAGCCUGCCGGCCCAUAGAGCUGUACGAAACCGGGGAAAUCCAGUGGGCAACCAGGAUCCAACCCUUCCACAGUACUCUGAAACAAGCCGGGAUCGGGUCAGAUGCUUUGUCAGAAAGUGACAUCCUGGCGCAGGGCGUGCGGCUGGGCUUUUAUUCACAGACGGAUCUGGAUGAACUGAAGGAGGCACAAGCACAGUCAGAAAAGCACAAGGCCACUGAGAACAUCAUGGCCAAGAUGGGACCCGAAAAACAGCACCAGCUGCUAAUGGCCCUUAAUGCAGAUGCAGCAGAUAGCAAAGUGGUUGUAGCCUGUUACUCACUCAUCAGCAGCAAAGCCAAAAUGUUCGGGGGGGGCUGGUCUUCUGGAGACCCGGAUGUCAGCAUGCUUCUGCUCCAGAAUGGACUGGCACGUGAACUUAUGUCUGAGAAAUCCCUCAUUGAGGCAACUGUUGACAAGUUAAGAUCUCAGAUUAAAUAUUCUGGUGAAUGUUCCCUACAGUCAAAGAAGAACUGCGAUGAAUUUAUUGUGAUUCCAUCCUUUCUGAAGGAAUAUGUUGAGCAGCAGUUGCCAGUUUUUGUUGAGAAUGCCCUAAAAGCCAUCAUCAUGACUCCAGGAAGAGAGUACAUGAUUGACAAGGUUGCGGAAGCAGACAGAGCUGGUGUAAUUGACCCCGACAACCACCAGUAUGAUGCCAUCAUCCCAGUGGACUUUCAGGCCAGUGGAGUGCUGGAGAAGAACAAGCGCUGGGGGGACGGCCUGCAGCAGUUUCUGGAGAUGAAGCACCAGCUGGCAAUCUCACAGAUGUCCAACGUAACCAACUACAUGUCCAAUGUUUACUUCUUCAAAAGGUACCUCAGUGGAAAAGGCAUUUUUGGUGUCUCUGGGACAUUAGGGGGCCACGCUGAGAAGGCCUUCCUGGGACGGCAGUAUAAGACAGAAUGUUAUGCCAUUCCAGCCCACCGCCAUAAGAAGCUGGUGGAGCUGCCAGCUGUUCAGGUGAGAGAAGGGAAUCCUGCCUGGAUGCAGGCCAUCUGUGAAGCUGCAUGGAGGGCUGCAGACAGGGGGCAGGUUGUCCUGAUCAUCUGUGAGGAUGUUAAGACUGCAGACCAGCUAAAGGCUGAAAUACAGGGCCCAGGGAGGAAACUCAGACAGAUCACCAUGUACACCAUCAGCGCCAAGCACAACAUUGAGAAGCAGAUGUUCAGCCAGGGACACAUUAUCAUAGCCACAAACCUGGGAGGCCGCGGCACCGACGUGCACGUGGACCAGGAAGUAAAUGAGUGUGGAGGACUCUUUGUGCUUCUCACCUACUUUCCUGGGAGUCACCGCGUGGAGAAACAGGUCUUUGGGCGCACGGCCCGGAAAGGUAACCCAGGAAUGGUGCAGAUGGUCCUCAACCAGGAACAUCUAGCAGCAGUCUACCAAGGACAUUCAGUGGAAACCAUGAGGCAGCUCAGAGAGGAAUUCGAGGUCAGCCGCUUAGACAGCAUGGAGAGAAACGAGCUGUUCCAAGUUGAAACUAAGGAGGAGCUGUUCUCCACAUUUUGCAAAUUUCUCAGUGACUUUGACAAGAAUUACACUCAGGAAGAGAGAAGCAACAUUUCAGAAAGGAAGCUGAAGGAUGUCCCAGCCUGUUUUAAGGUCCAUUGCAGAAAGUUGGACUACCAGGCUGCCCUCAAGGCUUUGAAAGAGUCUUGGGCUCUGUGGCUCAUCCUUCACGAAGAGCACAUCAGCCAACAUCAGGUCAAAACGCUGAGAGAUGACCUCCUGAGAGACCUGAAGAAGACUGCUGAGCAGCUCCUGCAGGGCAGAAGCAGCAGUUUCUAUGACUACAUUGAAGUGGCCAAAAGCAGAACCGACAUGCACCGACUCAACAAAGAGGAGAGUGACUAUGGAGCUUUAUCUUACUGGCAGAGAGCUGCAGAGUGCGAUCCUUUCUACAGUGCUGUGGCUCUUUAUAACCAGGCAUACAUCACAGUCAACUUGUGCAAGAGCAACUACAUAACAGAGGCAAAGAGGUUAUUGAGGGAGGCAGAGAGAGCAGUGGAUGCUUAUCUUUCAGAGACAAGCAACACCAUGAUGUUCUGUAAUUUCUCUGUGAGCAAAGACUUUGCCCCCCACCACGAACAUGGCAACCUGCAGCACCAAAUGAAAGCCAGGAUGAGCGUCUUCAAGGCAUGGAAAGGAUACAUUGAGAAUGCCCUGGAAACUCUCCAGCAGAUUGAAACCAGCAAAGGCCAGGCCUUAACACUGGAUUCCAGUGUCUACAGUCUGUCAAGAGACCAGGAUCCAAUCACCACCAAGGAGCUGAUGGUCCUCCAUGAGUUUGGCCUCUGCAUGGUGUUCCAGGUGAAGAAGCGACCUGAGUUCUGCAUUGAUGCCCUUUUGUGUUUUUGUCUGGGUGUUCUGCAAGUAGCAGCUGGUGUCCUGGUCUGUACUCUGUCAGGUGGCACUGCAAGUCAAUUUGGACUUGCACUGAUCAGUGAGGGAGUGUCUGACAUGAUUGAUGGGGUCAAGAGCAUAAUACAGGGAGGCUUUGACUGGGCAGAGUGGGCAAUCUCUAAAGCCAUCAGCAUUGGAGCGUCUCUGGUCUUUGGAGGCCUGAGCAGACUGAAGAAAGCUGUAAGCGCUGUGAGUAGUGGAACCAAAGGACUGGUCACUGGGGCUAAGACCUGCUCUGUCUUCACAGUUAAACAGUGUUUCAAACAUGCAGCAAAGUAUGCUGGUCAGGAAAUACUGAAGCAAGUAUCUAACACCACUCUGAACUAUGCUGCUGACAAAGGUCUUGAAGCACUGUUCAAAAGGGUUCUGAGAGGGGCCUUCGAGACCAAAGUGCUUUCAUUGAUCAGAGCUAAUGGUCCUCUGGAAUCACGUCUCAAUGGCCUCAUCUGCUCAGCAGUGCCAAAGACUGCGAUGAAACAGGAGUCUUAUGGCUUCAGAAUUGACAAAGGAUGUGAGGGAGAGAUGCGUCAGUCAGUUCACGUGUUGACAAGAAGCAUCAUUCCUGAUCUCAUGACGGAUUGCACCAAGAUCAUGAACAUUCUUGAUAGACUUUCAGAGGCCUCCGGAGCUAUAAUGCAACAUGUGGAGAAAAAGGGAGGCUUGAAGUUGGCCAUGAAGUUUUUCGAUACGGGCACAUGA